GGGGGGGUCCUGUGGGCAGGGAUUGUUGACGGUGCCCCCCCCCGGCCCCCUCCCCAGAUCAGCGGGCAGCUCUCCCCCCGCCUCUUCCGCAAGCUGCCCCCCCGGGCGUGCAUCUCACUGAAGAGCAUCGUGGACGAGGAGUUCCUGUGUGCGGGGCACAUCUUCCUGGGCUUCUCCAAGUGCGGGCGCUUCGUGCUGUCCUACACCAGCAGCAGCGGCGACGACGAGUUCUCCUUCUACAUCUACCACCUCUACUGGUGGGAGUUCAGGCUGCACGGCAAGCUGCGCCUGGUACGGACACACGGACACGGGGGGACACACGGACACGGGGGGGCA